CUCUCCACACCCUCUCCGCCCGCAAGCAUGCCCGCUGCUUCCGGCGAUGCCGCCGGGCCCGCGCCGACGCGCUCGCGUCUCGAGCCCACGACGCCGCUGGCCGCCUCGACGCUGCUUGCCCUGACGCUGCGUCUGCGUGCCCUCGUCAGCGCCCUGCUGUCCGAGGAGGUCGACGAGGCGCGCAUCACGGCACCUGCGCCCGACGGCCUCAUCUCGCAGCCCGUCGUCGAUGCCAUGCUCAUGGCUGGCGGCGACCUCGCCGACGCUGUGCCAUUUGCCAUGCUGCAGGCCCGCCGCAUGUUCGAGACCGACGCCGCACAGCGCUCGACGACGCUCAACAAUCUGCGCAUGCUGGCGUGCGAGGUCAUCGCGCGUCGCGCCGUCUCGCUCAUCGAGUACCGCUUCCUCGCCGAGGUGGAGCAGCAACACGACGCCGUUGCCGGCGGCGAGGAGGAGCCAGCGCGUGGACCGACUGCAUUCGGCCGCGAGGCGGCGCACCUCUGCCUCACCAAGCGUUUCAAGAUGCUCGACGACGACGGAGACGAGACGCUGCCGACGUCUGCCUUUGAGGCGGCCGUCGACCAGGACUGCGUCAUCUUCCUCUCUGCCCCUGAGGCGCAGCGCUGCGCCCAGGCUCUCUGGGCCGGCCACCUGAUCCAGCAGUAUGGCGACGACGGCCGUGUCUCUUUUGUGCCCUACCACAAUUCCGAGAAUGGUGGCUUCCUGGCGCACCUGGACCCUGCGCGCCUUGCUGUGCCGCGCAACGCCUACUACGCCAGCGUCGUCAUCCACGCCGGCCUCCUCUUCGUCUACACGAUGAGCACGCUCGAGUUCAACGGCCUCGACGGCUGGGAGGUGGCUUUCUGGAUCCUCGCGGCCGGCUAUCUCUUCGAGGACGCGGUGCGCUGGGUCAAGAUCCGCGGCCUGGACAACAUCUCCUUCUGGGUCAUCGUCGACAUUCUGACCGACCUGUUCUUCGUCACAUCGUUUGUAUUCCGCGUCGCGGGAUGGAUCAACCACGGCGACCACCGCAACGAGCUGCAGCUGCUCAGCUUCCAGUUCUUGGCGUGUGCGGCUCCGCUGCUCUGGAUGCAGCUGCUGAAGUGGGGCGAUUGCCUGCAGUAUCUCGGAGUCGUCAACAUCGUGCUCCUCAGAAUGCUGCGCGAGACGGCCUCCUUCUUCCUGCUCCUCUUCCUCACCGCCGUCGGCUUCGCGCAGUGUCUCUUCGCUCUCGACGCCGCUGACGGUCGCCGUGUCGAGGACUCGGGUUCGCUCGUCACCAACCUCAUGGCGCAGGCUGUGCUCGGCGGCGCAGACUGGGAGAGCUUCAUGGGCGAUCAGUUCGGCAAGCCGUUCGGCCUCAUCGUCUACUACGUCUACGUCUUUGUCUCUACGCUGCUGCUCGGCAACAUCCUCGUGGCCCUGCUCUCCUCUGCGUACGACUCGACCGUCGACGACGCAAACGACCAGUUCGCGGCCUACUUCGCCGAGAAGGUCAGCGGCAGCAUCCGCGCACCCGACAUGUUCGUGUAUAUCCCGCCCUUCAAUCUGCUCGAGGCCUUCGUCAUCGCGCCGUUCGAGUUCGUUCUGAGCCGCCCAGCGUACGCUCGCCUCAACCGCGUCGUCCAGACGCUGCUCUACUGGCCCUUCCUCAUCGUCAUUGCGCUGUACGAGAGCCGCUUCGACGAGACGAUGCUGCGGCGCAUCCGCCUCGAGAUGCUCGAGCACGUUCCUGCGCUGAGCGGCCGCGAGGGCAUGGCGCACAUUGGCGGCUCCGUCGAGGACCCGGGUGCCAAGGAUGGCCAGCUCGUUCUCUCACGCACGCCCUUCGCCGAGCUCGUCAAGCGCCUGGCGGUGGAGCGGGCCUCGGACGACGACAACGCAGACAAGUCUGCAGCUUCCGAUGCGCCAGCGCCCAGCGCCGACGAUCUCGCACAGAUCCUGCAAGAACUGCGUGCGCUGCGCGCCGAGGUCGCCGAGCUGAAGAGCGCGCGCGCGAGCGCAUGAAACCCAGCAAAAUGCAAGCAAUGAAGAUUAGACGUGACAUGUUGA